GCUGGUGUUGCUAUUGCCGGCUUUUUUCGAUUUUCUGCUGUUUGGUUUUGUUCGAAAAUCUGCGCGUCUCAGUUGAAGUGAGCCAGCCGUUUCGGCAGUUCGUUCGUACGUUGGCACGUUCGUUAUUGGUUCAACAUCUCGAUCGUUUGUUUGUUUUAUCGCUGGCUAGUGGCGUAAAAUUACGUUUUGUCGUCGUUGUUAAAACGCAAUUGGCGCGAGUUGAAAUUUCUUUAUGUUUUUAUGUUUACGCGAAAAAAUGUUUUUUUUUUAACGAAAGUUGUUGAAGUGAUUGCUUACUUUUUACUGUUAUUUGUGUUAUGUUAAAUAGCGGGAAAAACACAGAAAUGUUCUUUUGCUGAUUUUCAAAAGAAGAAAGUUUUUAGUUUUGAAUAAAUAGAAAAAAUUAUAAAAAUUUAAAAAUUUUGAAUUGGUAGCUUUAAAAUACUGUUAGAAAUUAUAAUAAAUACAAAAUUUCACACACACUUACAUACAUAUUUGUCGACCAGUGCCUGUGCUUUGCGUUUUUUGCAAUAAUUCGCGAAAUUUUUUUGAAAGUUUGGCCUAAAGCGCACUUCUGCUAAAGCUAAUUAAUUGCCAUACAAACGCAUACAGACGAGUGUGUGUGUGUGUGAGCGCGCAAAGUGUUGCACAGUUGGAAAAAAAAGCAAAUAAAAGCGACGUACCACAAAAACAACAACUACUAAGUGUGUGUUCAAAAACCAAAUAAAUAUUUUAAAUAUUCGAAAUUAAAUAAGUGUUUGAGCAUAGUGUUGAUUUGCAUAAAUACGCGUGCAUGUGUGUGUGCACAAACACAUAAAUAUUGUUAAAUCAUAUACAAGAGCUGCAAUUAAAGGCAUACUUGUCACAGUGCCACAGUGCAGUGCGAAAAUUCUUAGCAAGAUGCAAAUUUAAAAUAUUCUUUGUUAUUGUUGGUAUGUUUCUUCGGAAAUAAAUAAUAAAAUAGAGUAAAAUAAUUGAAUAAAAGUGCCUAAUGUAUGUAUGUAGAUGUGUGUGUGUCUGCAGCUGUUGCAGCGCAUAGUUUGCAUUUCUUAAUAAAACCGAAAUUUAGUGCAUAAAAAUAAACAACAACAACAACAAAAGUAAUAUCAGCUAUAUCAGUGCUUUAAAAACAACAAAUAAAUAAGAAAGCCAAACUAAAUUCCGUAUGCAAACAACUGCGUUAAAAGUACGAAAAUAACAAAUUUUCGGCCGGAAGCUGAGGCUAACGGAAAUUUGCUGGACUGCAGUGCGGAAGUCAGUGCAAAGAUCCCAAAGGCAACAGUUGCGGCACUUAAUCAUAGACUAAAACAAUAAAAAAAAGCAAAGCUACUUCGUAGCCGCCAACUGCCAAGCGUCAACCAGUGACAGCUACUGCCAAAGUAAUCCGCUUGGCAACAGCUGUCACCACUCAACUCAGUACGGAAAAUGUUUCCCCGCCUGCCCGGUCCAAUUGGAGCGGAUAUCUUUCUCGGUGCCACCACCACUGUGCGCACAGUGUUCCCGAACUCGCGACUUGACUCGCUAUCCGGCAACAGCGGCGGCGGCGGCAACAGCGCGCAAAAUGUGCAUCAUCACACGCACCUCAACCACCAACAGUCUCACGACGGCUCCGUCACACCAUCGCCCGCUUUCGGCAAUCAGCUGCAAUCGCCGUACGACUCGACCAACACCAAUGAUUUCGCUGCCACAGCGACGAUGGAUGCUGACAGUGGCGGUGGCGGUGGCAGCGUCAGCAGCAGCUUUAGUCCACUAGCUGCCGCAGAUGCGGCGAGUAAUAAUUACCUGCCCGAAGACGAUGCAGACUGGUGGUCGAAUGCCAUCGAAGAGGACACUUUCGACUCGCCGCUCGCGUUCGAUAGCAGCGAGAAUGGUUUGUGGAAUGGGCGUUUUGUACCGCCACCACCACGCCCACCAUUCCUGGAUGACGGCGUCGCCGCGGACGGACUUACCACCUGUGAUUUAUGUACGUGGGCAUGGCAGCGCAAUGCCUACUCGCUAGAUGGAUCGAUUGAUCACGCCGGCGAAUUAGGUUGGGCGUUCACCUUAAUCAUAGUUUCAAUCAUAUCAGCUCUUAUAGGUGCUAUUGUAAUGGUCAUAGUUCUAAGGUGUAGAAGAAUAAAAUCAGCGAACGGUAAUGCUGGUCGUACACAACCUUGGUGGUGUCGUAACAAUCGUAAUGGCGGCUCGAAUGGUCGUUCCACACUCUCCAUCAAACAUCAAGCCGAUAGCAUACGAAGACGUCCGAAUAGUAAUUCUGGUGUUUGGUCAUGGAGUCGGCGCUCUUCGGCUAGUCCCGAUCAAAUUGGACCACCAUCAUCGUCGCCCGCCGAAAAUCAUUAUACACACAUGGACGAUGCAUACAGUCCAGUUAAUGAGGCAUUGUACGCUGAAUUGGACCGCGAAUCGGUACGUUCGGCAAAUCCGUCAUAUCAAAAUACGGCCUACAGUCAGUGUGGUGAGAAAUACAAUUUCCAACAACACGAACAGGACAUUCCGAUGGUGGUGUCAUCAGCGCCCAGUAGCGCCUAUUAUUCUGACCUCUCGGUGACCGCCGUGCCAGGCGGCGGCAAUGAGCGUGCCUACGAAAUAGUCGGCCUAACGGUCAUGUCACAACCACUCCCCAAUUGGGAAGGCAGCAGCGGUGGCGGUGUUGCGAAUAGUGGCGUCUUGGGCAUGGGUGUUGGCGGCACAAUGAGCGGCAUCGGCAGCGGCGGACCGAACGAAGCCUCACAGCGGCGCAUACCACGCUUGGCGGCCAUCAACGAGACAAGCACAAGCACUGUGGCGGCAACAGUGCCCUCAGACUAUGUAUGAGAUACGGAGGAUGAGCGGCAGUGCGAGGAGGGUGUAUAGCGAUUUUAAAAAGCAUUUAAAUGAAAUUAUUUCGAAUAUGCACUUGACGCAAUGUAGCAUACUUGCGGGCGUUAGUUGUUAAGAAUGGCAGCGAGAGCGUUGAUAGGUUGCUGUAGAGGGAGAGUAGCAGAGAAAUGUAAAAAAAAAUAUCAUAUUUAGGGCAGAAAAAAAAAACGAAAAAAGAAAUUCAACGAGCUUAUAUUUGUUAAUAAAUAAUUUAUUGUGAAUUAUUCAAAACUGUUGCAACAGUGAGAUUCUUGAAAGCAUAAAGCGCUAUUUAUGUAGAGUUAUAUAAUAUUAGAUUACCAAUUAUUAUUAUAUAUAUGUAUACGUAAUAUGUAUCUUUGAGGUAAAUAUAAUGUUGAAGUGCUUAAGAAUAUUUAUAGAAUUAUAUAAUACAUUAUGGUAUGAAAUUGACGGUGAAGAAAGAAAAUAAAAUUAUUGUAAUUAUUCUAUUGUAAUUGAGUUAGUAAGUAAGUCUGUUAAGGUUUAACGAUUUAAUCGUUGGUGAUAUUUAGCCUAAAUAUUUAGUGUGGACCCAUAGAUGUGCAAAUUGGCGUUCAAAUAUGAAAGUAUAAUUUGUAUAUGAAAUGCAGUAUACGUUUCGAAAUACACACACAGAUGUGUAUAUAAAUAUGUUUUUGAAUAAGCAACAGCUAUCUAUGUAUACAAUAAACAAUGAGCAAGAAAAGAAAAACAAAAAAAAAAAUAUUUAAAAAAACAAUAUUUAAAAAGAUUAAAAAAAGCUACGCGAGUUAAACAUUAUUAGAGACAUAUUGAAAUCCUUAAAGGAACAUAUUAGAAUAAUGCAUAUUUAUCUGUUAAGCGUGCGUGUAUGUAAAAUGUACAUAUAUACAGUUAACCUUAGUUUGUGUAUGUAUAAAGUUAUUGCAUUUAAAUGAAAAAAAUUACAUAUUUAUAUAUUGUAAAUGUUUCCGUAUUGACUGAGCCUAUUUACUUGCAUAUGUAUGUAUGUAUGUAUGUACAUAUGUACUUUUAACUAUACUAAUAUCACAAUAACACGUAAACCAAUAACAAUGACCUUGCCUAAUAUUAUAUAAUGCAUAUUGCAUAUGUACAUACAUUAUUUUUACAUGCAUAUGUACAUAUACAUACAUACAAUUAUUUACAACUUAAUUGUUAUAAAACAAAUAUACAUUCAAUAUUUACAAGCUGCUGAUUUCAAGGAAUAUUCUGAUGUGCUCUAGCAAGUAAGCGUUAAAAUGAAUAAUCAGAAUGAAUUUAUAUAUUGUACAUACAUAUUUACAAAAUAUUCAAUUUAAAGGUGUACUUAUUUACAAAAAAAAAAACAAAACACAACAUUUUCGGCUUAUGUAUGAAAGUUGUAAGAAUAUCUGUUUUAAGAGAUACCUUCUCCUUUUUACCUUUUAUUUGUUAGAAUUUUUGCAACAGCAUUUUGUUAAACUAAAUAUACGCCUAGCAGCUAAAUACUUACAUAUAUUAAUUAUUACGAAAAUAUUAUUACUUUCUGAACAAUUUAAUUCUAAAAUUUUCAUUCUUGACUUGACGAGUAUGUAAAUUAUAAAAUAUAUGUGAACGUAAUAUAGUUUAAUAUAUUUUAAGAAAAUAAAGAAUGAACUUUUAAUAAAAAAAAAUGUGCUUAGCGGUUGUUAAUUUGUUCUUCUUUAUACUGUGAACCAGGGUUGAAAAUAAUACAUUAAUGAAAUAACUAAAUUAAAAUUUGAAUUUAAAUAUUUAUAA